AUGGGGGGGGACGAGGGAGGCAGCCACGACUCCGUGAAGCUGAUCAAGUUCGCGGACGACACCACCCUCAUUGGACUCAUCUCCAACAACGAUGAGUCCGCCUACAGGAGGGAGGUGGACCGGCUGGUGUCCUGGUGCAGCGGUAACAACCUGGAGCUGAACGCCCAGAAGACAGUGGAGAUGAUUGUGGACUUCAGGAAGAGCACUGUCCCCCCACCCCCACCCUCCGUGAUGGACUCCCCCAUCACCUCUGUGGAGUCCUUCCGUUUCCUGGGCACCACCAUCACCCAGGACCUCAAGUGGGAGCCGACCAUCAGCUCCCUCAUCAAGAAGGCCCAGCAGAGGAUGUACUUCCUGCGGCAGCUCAGGAAAGCCAAGCUGCCUGCACAGAUGUUGGUGCAGUUCUACACGGCCAUCAUCGAGUCCAUCCUCACCUCCUCCGUCACCGUGUGGUUCGCUGGAGCCACAGUCAGGGACAAACAGAGACUACAGCGCAUUGUGCGCUCUGCAGAGGAAGUGAUCGGCCGCAGCCUUCCAUCGCUGCAGGACCUGCCCAGGUCUCCAAGAUCCUCGCUCAUCUCCUCCAUCUCCUUCCCUUGUUCCCUUCCUCCCUCACUCCCUCACUCCUCGCUCGCCUCCUCACCCGCCUCCUCCGUCUCCUUCCCUCGGCCUGAGCCUCUGGGGACGUCUCUUUUGUGGCGCUCCAGGAGGAUUUAA